AUGCGUUUUUCCAAAUUGAUUUCUACAGCAGCCUUGUUAGGAGCCACUGCUUUUGCAGUGGAAGAAGAAAAGCGGGUUAAUUUUCAACAUCAGCACAAUGACAAGCGUGCUGUUAUGUAUGUGACAAACUACCACACGACCACUGUGUGGGCUGGUGUUCCGCCAGCCGCUCCUUCGCCUCCUGAUGCAGGUGCUUCUCCUGCUCCAGAGAACAACGAGGCUCCUAAGGCGGAGAAGGUUGUAUCUCCUUCGCCUCUUGCUGCUUCAGACUUUGGUGUCGGUGUUGGUGGUAACGUGGAUGCUUCCCCAGAGUCGCCAUCUUCGUCACCAUCUUCGUCACCAUCUCCUUCACCAUCUCCUUCACCAUCUCCUUCACCAUCUCCUUCACCAUCUCCUUCACCAUCUCCUUCACCAUCUCCUUCACCAUCCUCCUCCUCUCCAGCAGGUGACUUCCAGCAUUCUGCCGGUAAUGCCAAAGGUAUCACUUACUCGCCAUACAGUGCCGAUGGUACCUGUAAGUCUGCUUCCCAAAUUGCUUCUGACGUUGCGUCUUUGUCUGAAUUCCCAAUCAUUAGAUUGUACGGUGUUGACUGUUCCCAAGUUGAGAACGUGUUGAAGGCCAAGGCUUCAACACAGAAGUUGUUCUUGGGUAUCUUCUAUGUAGACCAAAUCGAGGCUGGUGUUAAGACUAUCAAGGAGGCUGUCGAAGCACACGGUUCGUGGGAUGACAUCGACACCGUGUCCAUUGGUAACGAGUUGGUCAACAACGGUGCUGCUACGGUUUCACAAAUUGCUGAAUACAUGAAGACUGCCAGAUCUGCUUUGAGUGCUGCUGGUUACCACGGCUCAGUUGUGUCUGUGGACACCUUCAUUGCUGUGAUCAACAACCCAGGGUUGUGUGAACUUUCUGACUACAUGGCUGUUAACGCUCACGCUUACUUUGACGUCAACACCGCUGCGAUUGGUGCAGGGGCAUGGCUCUUGCAACAAAUCCAAAGAGUCUGGACCACUUGCAAGGGUAAAAAGGACAUUCUAAUCUCCGAAACCGGUUGGCCAUCUCGGGGCCAACCCCUUGGUAAGGCCAUUCCAUCAAAGCUAAACCAGAAGAUUGCCAUCGACUCCAUCAAAGCUACAUGUGGUAACAGUGUUAUCUUGUUCACCGCAUUUGACGACUACUGGAAGGCCGACGGCUCUUACGGGGUUGAGAAGUUCUGGGGUAUCGUCUAA